AUGAUCUAUGAUUUAUCAUUCAUGGACGUUGAUAAGAUCCUUCCAUUUAGCAGCACCUUAGGAUGGCAUAGCCUUAACGUUAAUGGCGAGGUUCAAACGAGGAAAGGCUUACGGUGGAUACCUAGGCACCCAGAGACGAGGAAGGGCGUAGCAAGCGACGAAAUGCUUCGGGGAGUUGAAAAUAAGCAUAGAUCCGGAGAUUCCCGAAUAGGUUAA